AUGUUACAAAAAGACCUUCAUAGUAAUCCAAAAAAGCCAUCAUUUUCAAGACAAGAACAAGAUUCGCCUGAUUAUGAUUGUAAAAUGAAUCCAGUUCCAGAUUAUGGUCUUAAUAGUUAUAAAGGUACUGGAAAACUUCAAGACAAAAUCGCUAUAAUUACUGGUGGUGAUUCUGGUAUUGGUCGAGCUGUUGCUUGGGCAUUUGCAUGUGAAGGUGCAACAGUUAUUAUUUCAUAUUUAAAUGAACAUGAGGAUGCAAAAGAAAUUCAACAAGCUAUUAGUAAAAUUGGUCGAGAAUGUAUUUUAGUACCAGGUGAUAUCAGUGAAGAAGAACAAUGUAAAAAAAUUAUCGAUAUAACAAUAUCAAAAUUUCAACGAAUUGAUAUAUUAGUAAAUAAUGCUGCAUUUCAAGGAAAAGCACUGUCUUAA